AUGGCGGUAGUGAAGUCAGACAGUCACAAUACUAAUAAAUGUACACCUGAUAGAGAUACUUUGUUAGAUGAAUUAUACGCAACUAGGCCUAGGCCUACCCAAAAUCAUUUGUAUCCUAACAGGGAUAAAUCGAGUGGCACAAUGUCAGUAGUGGAGUCAGAAGUAUGUCAGUUAUGUGGUGUCCUAGGACAUAAAGCGCCAAAAUGUCACAUGUAUACUAAGCCUAGAUAUAACAGCAACGUACCACCAAGAAAAUCAAGACAGCCUCGUUAUUAUGUGGUGGAAAAGUUGUCUGAAAUUCAUGUCCGCCUUCGAGAUAAGUCCAAUAUACUCCUUCCCCAAAAGAUACAUAUUAACAGACUUAAACAUGGUAUUUAUAGGUAUGAUUUGGAAGAUACUACACAUACUCAACCUACAAUGGACGAUAACCAAUUAUCUACACAGUUACAUCAUAAACAUGCAGACAAAGAACAUGACACAAGUGAAAUACAAGACAAAGAACAUGACACAAGUGAAAAACAAACUGAAUUUUAUGAAAUAGAGAAGAUCUUGUAUAAACAAUUUGUUAAUGGUCAAUGGAAAUACAGAGUUAAGUGGCUAUCGUUUCCCUCAAAAUACAACUCGUGGGUGACCUUUGAUGACUUAAGUCCAGAAUGCCAAAAUUUAGUUCAGAGGAGUACUUCCAUUCCAACAAAAGGUCAACACAAACAUUAAAGUACAACUUUCAUAAUCCAAACAUAGGUCCUUUUUUUUUCUGUACAGCAAUUUAGUUGAUAAUAUUUGGCAAAUUUGUUAUUUUUUUUAAAACUAAAUUUCAGAAUUUUUUUACAAGAGAAUGUUGAAAGUUG